CACCAUGAACAACCACUCCAAUGGAGAAGUCAACUGCAACUACAUCACCAAUUACAAUGGAACCAUAGAGGGGAAAAAGACCUUGGUGAAGCAGUGUGACGAGGACCACCAUGAAGAGGAUAAGCUGUCUGCCAUAGAAGUUGCCUACACCACCAUCCUAAAAGAACUGGGGGAGGAUCCUGAAAGGGAAGGCUUGCUGAAGACCCCUCUCCGAGCUGCCAAAGCCAUGCAGUACUUCACUAAGGGAUAUCAGGAGACAAUUCAUGACGUGCUGAACAAUGCCAUGUUUGACGAAAACCAUGAUGAAAUCGUCAUUGUAAAGGACAUUGAUGUUUUUUCUCUCUGUGAACAUCACCUGGUCCCCUUUUUUGGCAAGGUGCACAUUGGCUAUUUACCGGACAGAAAAGUUGUUGGGCUGAGCAAACUGGCGAGAAUUGUUGAAAUCUUUAGCCGAAGACUACAAGUUCAGGAACGUCUCACAAAGCAAAUUGCCCUUGCAAUCAAUGAAGCCUUACAGCCUAUGGGAGUAGCAGUUGUUAUGGAAGCUUCGCACAUGUGUAUGGUGAUGCGCGGCGUACAGAAGAUGAACAGCAGGACGGUCACUAGUACUAUGCACGGGAUCUUCAGGGAUGACCCCAAGACCAGAGAAGAAUUCCUGGCACUGAUCAGAAAAUAAACUUUCACCAGCACUUUUAUACAUGCAAAGUAUUAUACUGAACACAAUAAACCUGUAAAAUAAAUGAUUCAUUGAGAAAUGGUGCUCAACUUUAAUAGUUUUUGUUGUUGUUGUUUGUUGGAUAAAAAUGUCUAAUAAAGCAAUGAAAUGUCUCUUAAAUCUGUCAGAGUUUCUUUGUAACAAGUUAUAAUACAGUGUAAUCUGCUUCUAUUACCUCUGUGCCCCACAGGACCCACCCCCAGAAGUGAAGUCUUUUUAUUUUACUGUUGUCUCUGACCUUUCCCAGCAUUCCAUGCAGCCAGAGACAAUAUGUCAUAAGUCACAUGGUCUCCAGGGGGUGUGGCUGUGUUGCGGUGGGUGGGUAGCAUUACUUCAGCACAUCCCUUCCACCCUGCUAUGCACCCACCCACUGCAGCAUAGCCACGCCCCCUGUAGACCAUGUGACCUAUGACAUAUUGUCUAUGGCCACAUGGAAUGCUGGGAAAGAUCGGGGACAAUAGGGAAGAUUUAUCAAAACCUGUGCAGAGGAAAAAGUUGUCCAGCUGCCCAUCGCAACCAAUCAGAUCGCUUCUUUCAUUUUACAAGGGCCUUUUUAAAAAUGAAAGAGGAGAUCUGAUUGGUUGUUAUGGGCAACUCAGCAGUUUUGAGAAAUCUCCCCCAUAGUGUUUAUACCCCUAAACUUAUUGGGGGAGAUUUAUCAAAACCUGUGCAGAGGAAGGGGGAGAUUUAUCAAAACCCGUCCAGAGGAAAAGUUGCUGAGUUGCCCAUAGCAACC